AUGCUGCUGGUAAUAAUAAUAGUCGUGUUGCUCGUCGCGUUCUACUUCUACGGCAUCAGGAAUCAUGACUACUGGAAGAAGAAGGGGGUACCCUACGAGGAGCCGAUGUUCCUCUUCGGCAGCAACAUCAAGCAUGUAAUGGACGGAGUGAGCGUCUCGGAGCGCUUCUCGCACUUGUACAGGAGCUACCCGCACGAGAAGUACGUCGGAUUCUACGAGGGGAGCGACCCGGCCCUGCUGCUGCGAGAUCCGGAGAUGAUCAAGCGCGUCCUGCAGGACGAUUUUAAAAGUUUCCACUACCGAGGAUUCCACCCCGAUCGGGACAACGUGGAGCCGCUGAUGAGAAAUUUAUUCUUCGCCGACGGCGAUAUUUGGAAACUGCUGAGGCAGAAGAUGACGCCCAUGUUCAGCAGCGGCAAGCUGAAGGCGAUGUUCGCGCUGAUCGCCGAGCGAGCAGAGAGACUGACGGUCAUCGCCGAGGAGUUGGCCCGCACGCGCGACGAGGUGGACGUUCGCGACCUCGCCGCCAGGUACACCACCGACGUCAUCGGGGCCGUCGGCUUCGGAAUAGAAUCGGAGGCCCUGAACGCCGAGAACUCCGAAGUCAGAAAGCUCAGCAAAAGAAUAUUCGCGGUGACCAAGAGGGACCUUCUCGUCUCCCUGGUCAAGAGAAUGUUCCCGGCCUUAUCUACGAGCCUCAAUUUCGUUCCUCCAGAAAUCGAAAGGACGACCACGUCCCUCGCCACGCAGUGUAUGGCGCAAAGAAAAUACAAGCCCUCCGGAAGAAACGAUUUUAUAGACCUGCUGCUGGAAUUGAGACAGAAGGAGGUGAUCGUCGGAGACUCUUUGAGCGAGACGAACGCCGACGGUUCACCUGCUCGGGUCGAGUUGAAGGUGGACGACUCCCUGAUCGCCGCUCAAGUGUUCGUGCUGUUCGCCGCCGGGUACGAGACCUCAUCGCAUGUGAGCAGCUUCCUGAUGCACACCCUCGCCUAUCACCCGGAAAAGCAGGCCCGGUGUCAGAGGGAGAUAGAUGAAGUUUUAAAAGCAAACGAUGGUAAACUAUCUUAUGACGGUUUGAAAGAAAUGAAGUACUUGGAAAUGUGUUUAAAGGAGGCAAUGCGGCUACUUCCUUCUCCUGGAUUUUUAGCGAGGAGAAAUGUUACCAAGUAUACUUUCCCGGAGACAAAUGUAACGAUUGACGAAAACGUGCUGAUCAUGAUAUCUAUUGAUGCCCUACAUAAAGACGAGCAAUACUUUGAAAGACCAUCUGAGUUCUGGCCAGAAAGAUUCGCAGACAGCGGUAGCAAGUUUGAAAAAGAUCUCUACAUGCCCUUCGGAGCUGGACCCAGGGCCUGCAUUGGAGAAAGAUUAGGUGUGCUCCAGUCGAUAGCAGCAGUGGCGUCUAUUUUGAGCAAAUUCACGUUGUCACCUUCCAAAAGCACGGUAGAGAAGCCAACCAUCGACAAGAACUCCAUCAUUGCACAGAACAUCCUGGGGGGACUACCACUGUCACUCAAACAUAGGAAUAAGAUAGAUUAG